AUGGAAACUGAUUACCUUCAACUACUCAAGAAUCUACCUUUUGAACUGUUCUUACGAGUUCUUGAUAAUUUGAAUCCAAUAGAUUUAGAGAAUUUUAUUGAAUUCAUACCAGGUUUAUACAAUCAAAUAAAAGAUCGUUACAAGAUAGUUCAUUGGCCCCCUGUGGUGAUCAAUCCUAAACACAAGGAUGUCUUUUUGAGCUUUGAAGAUUUUGCGGAUAAUUCUGAUGAGUUCCUUCAAAAUAUUUCCCAGUUCAAAGGUCUAAUUCUAUUAAAUUUUAAGGAUUUUGGAGAACAUCAAACAGUGAAAGGUUUAUUAAAUGAAUUUUUAUCUUUAAUUCCAUAUCAAAAUAUCAAAUUUAAAGGUUUCAAAAUGUAUCUUAAUGUGGAUAAUGUUUUGGCUCGUUCGUACUGGAAGCGUCAUAGAUCAUCUAUUCGACAGCCGUUUAUGGACGAUUUUUGCUCAGAUAUUUUGCGGUAUACACCAGAUGUAUUCCAAUAUUGUUUACUACCUGGUUUAAAAAAGAUUGGGACGUGUAGCAAUUUUUGGUGUCCAAAGGUUAUUGACUGCUUCAAUUUCACACAACAUGAAUCAAGCAUUAAAAAAGGUGAGAAAAAUCAUACAGGGAAGUUUAUGGGUGGAUUAGAAUCAUUAACGCUUAGGGGUGUUCUUAGAGCUGAAGUUUUAGAAUCAAAAGUCCCACUUUUCCCUCAAGAAUUAAAGUUAGAUCUACAAUCAACUUAUACACCGUCUUUGACUAAUAAAUGUUUCCAAAAUGUUACUGAAUUGAAACUAUAUCAUAUUAAUGAUGAUAUUUUUGGAUUUGUGGAACUUCCAGAUCUUGUUCAUCUUGAAAUUGAUGGAAAAAAUUUAUUCAAAGUAUCAAAUCUGAAAGCAACAAAAUUAGAAUCACUGGAAAUUUAUUCAAAACUUGAGGAUCCAUCCCUUGAACUGUAUAAUAUUGAAACACCACAACUUAAGAAGCUAGUAAUAUGUUGUGAAACUUUCCAUUCUGCUCAAUUUGUUACUUUUGAUAAAUUGGAAGAAGCUUCAAUUUAUCAACCUUUAAUCAGGCACAAUUUACCAAUGAUCAUUAAUUUGGAAAAUAAGGUUUCAAGUCCAAUUAAGUUUGUUAACUCUGUGAAACGAAUAAGUGUUUCUAGUAUAAUUCCUAUAUUCACAAAUAUUUUUUACCCAAAUCUUGAAAGUUUAACAAUUUUAGAUGGCUCAGGAUUUGCCGGGAAUAGUAAGGAUAAAACCCAAAUACAUUACUUCCCGUCAUCGGUUCAUGAAUUGGUAUUUUCUAGUAGUGUAUCUUUUUAUAAACUUUGUCAUAGUUUAGGAAGACCUGGUAUUAAAAAAAUUCAAAUCAUAGAUACAUAUUUUUGGCAUUAUGGUAAUCAAAUUCCAGAUUUAUCAAGUAUAUCAAGCUUGUAUCCUGAUGUUGAAAUUUUGUUUUUACAAGACUGUCUUUUGAAAGAUUUUAAAGAUUCAAAAAAUCAUAAUAUUAAAGAAUUAGAUAUAACUUUGACUGAUGUUUCGGUUGAUCGUGAAAUUUUGUUUAACUUUGAAGGAGCAGUUUUCAGUAAAUUGAGAAAGUUAAGGAUAAGACGUCAAGAGAAACCCCAUGAUUGGUAUGACUCCAUAAUUCUGAAAGGCUUUAAAGCACCAAAUUUGGAAGAGUUAAUAAUGGAAUAUGUUUAUAUUCCACAUUAUUUCAGUACGUUGAAAUUCCCAAAGUUAAGGAAGCUAUCUAUGUGUCAUGUAUCAGAAUUAGAAAUUGUUGAUAGUGAAGUUUUAGAAGAAGUUAAGAUUCAUAGAUACAGUCGAUAUAGUUUCAAUCGCAAAUUGAAAGCUGGUGAAUUACGAAACGCUAGUGUGGAGUUUUAUUAA